UAUAUCGUUGACUGGCUAAAAUGUUAUGUUCUUUUAUAUUUACUUGAGCAAUAACGGAGAUACCUAUGUUGUGGAUAUUAUUUUACUUAUUGAAUGUGCGUCUACGGCAGCACUGAAAAAUACUGUGGAAAAUAACGCUUCGAUAAGCCUGUUUGUAUCAACUGGGUAGACAUGUACUUGGACAAACUAUGAGUUCAGGUAAUUGGUAUAAAGAAAAAUCAAGUAUUUGAUGAGGAUAUGUAUAUUAACAUAAAUAUAUGUAAGUUAAUACCAUAGGUAUAAUUUCUUAUAUAUUUUCGCUGCCGUUGCCACUGACAAUGAAUGCAUGUUUAUAACAGAGGCUAUUUUACUGUAAGCUUAUAUGUAUAUAUAUAGGUAUGUAUAUUCGUAUAACAUUCUCGUUGACUAGAAUUCACAUCCACAUAGUACAUAUCCCAGAACAAUUGCUAAGAAAAGGAAAACAAAACAAAUAUAUGCCAUCACACUCAUACCACAAAUCUUUGAUAUUAAAACAGUGUUCUUAUGUAUGUGUAUGCAUUUGUCGACAGUAUGUCGGAUGAUAGCGGGCCGGUUACACGUUUUUAAGCAAAAGAAAGUAUUGCUUGUAAAAAUUUCUAUAACCUGGUUGUACCACAACGGUUGAAUGUCUCAUAUUAUGAUAGCCUAAACCGUUAAUUAAGAUAUAUUGUAAGUUUAUUGAAAUUUUGUAACAAAUAUAUUUCAGUAAAGUGUUUCAAUGUUCAUGUUUUUCAAAAAAGUAUGUGAAUAUAGUUAUGAAUGUAGAUAUGUGUGCAUACAGUUAAUUACUAAACAUUUAGGCAUACAUUAUUACCUUGAAUGAAUAUUACACAUAUGUAUACACUAAAUAAUACAUACAUAAAUUAAAAGUCACAGUGUUAUACUCAGACUUUAAAUGCUUCUCAUAUGUAUAUUGUUCUACAGGAAAGCGUAAGCGUGUUCAGUAAUGUUUUAUUAUCUGAGUUUUAAUUAAGUAUGUGCUUAAUCAAUAAAUAUCGUUCUUUUACAAAAAUAAAACAACUGAAUACCACAAAAACAAAUCAUUUUUGGAUAGAAAACAAUAAUAAUAUAAAGAAGAAAUUUACAAGUAAUGUUUAUACUAGUAACAUUAAAAAUGUGUAGAAAAAUAAAAAAAGGAUGUAUAAGUUGGUUAAUAGUAUUUUGAUUAGUUGUGGACUAUGAUUUGAUUCAAUUUGGUAAAGAAUAACACUACUCAAGGAAUAUGAAGGAAAGUAUUUUAAAAAUAACGGGUUUUAUUUACUACACCGGAUCCAAAAUACAUAUAUACUAAUGAAAAAUUAAUUAAAUAAAGUUCAAAAUGGUUACUUUCGUUCCUGAUGCCAGUAAAUUCCACGUUUGCAGUCUUGAACCCAACAGUUCUUUGGAAAAAUGAAGGCGUGAAAUAUCUAUGUUGCUUGCACAACUUUAAACAAAACUCAACCGGGAUAUCACCAAAUUGCACUUAUUUAAAAAGGAAUUUAUAAAUUUAAUUAAAGCACAAUGUCUUCAAUAUCGCAAAAUUUAAUACCUGUGGAAAAAAAGGAGCAGAUUUCUUUAUCUCAAAAAUUAACUAUUCAUGAACAGCAUCAUCAACUCUAUGCUUUGAAAUGGAGUGAAUUUCAAUCAUCUAUAGUUAACUGUUUUCAACGGUUGCGAGAUGAGGAAGACUUUGUGGAUGUAACUAUAUCUUGUGAUCAGCGAUCAUUUGCUGCCCAUAGAGUUGUGCUCAGUGCCUGCAGCCCCUACUUUCGUAAAUUGUUGAAAUCAAAUCCCUGCAAACACCCCAUCGUAAUAUUACGAGAUGUUUACUCAGAGCACAUGGAAUGUCUACUAAGUUUCAUGUACAAUGGAGAAGUAAAUAUAAGACAAGAUCAAUUACAAGAUUUUUUAAAAACUGCACAUAUGCUGCAGAUACGUGGCUUGACGGAUGUUUCUGAUAACUACUGCUCUCCAGAAUUUAAUUUUGCAGAAAAUAAACCACUGGAUAAUUCCAUUAUCAGUAGUAAAGCAUAUAAAAAGGAUUCUGAUAAAGAUGGCGGUAAUACAGAAUGUGUAGAAAACACUAGUCAUUUUUCAAAAUACAAACUGUUUUCUGAUCGUCCAAUUACAUCCGCUUUGAUGACCAACUUUAAUAAUAAUUCUGUUACCCCAUCUCUUAUAAAGGAAACACAAUCGGCUGCAUCUUCUCUCCAAAGGGAAAAUACCGAUCCAUAUCGCAAUCGAAAAAACAUUCUAACACCACCACCCCAAAAACGCAUUAAAAGUGCGGACCUAUUUCGUGCCCAACACGGCAUUAAUUCCGAACGAGCUCUUUCAGAAGCAGAAUUUCCAGCUAUUUUACAACAUCAAAUAUCUCGGGAACGAAGACAUAUAUUUAGUGAUUGCGAUAGACUCACAGAAGCCAGUGAAACUAAUAUAGGAUCAUCUAUAGAAGAAAAAACAGCUUUAAAUUUUCAGCGCACAGAUACACAACCCACACAUGAUGAAAGUGCCGAUGACGACUCCAACUGUAGCAGCGAGCUCCCUCUUGACCGUGUAGGUGCACACCAGGAAACGAAUGACUCAGUGGAUAAUCUACGACCUACCAUGCAGAACAUGUUUUCAGGAAUUCCGAAAUCUUUGGAACAACAAGCCCUUUUAAAUAAGAAUGAUUUUGGAGCUCAUCGUUCAGUGGAAAUGAGGGUAAGAGCCACAGAUCCACGACCGUGUCCAAAAUGUGGAAAAAUUUACAGGUCGGCACAUACGCUCCGUACUCAUCUUGAGGAUAAACAUACCGUUUGUCCUGGAUAUAGAUGCGUUUUAUGUGGUACUGUUGCGAAAUCUCGUAAUUCAUUGCAUUCACAUAUGUCACGUCAGCAUCGUGGUAUAUCUACGAAAGAUCUUCCUGUGUUACCAAUGCCUUGUGCUUUUGACCCUAUAUUGGCUUCACGUUUAUUAGCUAAGGCUGGGGUAAAAAUUUCACCAGAUGAUUUACAUAACCAUGCAUCUCCUGCCAAUACAGCUAGUAUAACAGGUAUAGAUUACAGCUAUAAUACACAACAUAAUACAGAAAUUUAUGAAACGAAUAUGGAAUCUGAUGAUGAUCCGGAAGAUUUAACUGCAUGCCGAAUGAAUUUAAAUAGCUCUUCUACAGGAUAUGACAACAAACAAGAAAAUGUUUUCGACAUUGGACAUAAGAAUAAGUCGAUUUCACAUAUCAGAAAUGAAGCAGCAAUUGCUGCCGCGGCAGCUGCAUUGAGCGCGCAAAAGGAAUUGCCCAGCCGACAGUCAACAACGAACCAACCUCUUCUUGAUCUUCACCUUUUGCAGUUUUUAACAGAAAAUACUUUUGGUAUGGGAAUUUCACAGGAACAUACAACAGCAGCUACUUUACAUGCAGCAAAAAUUGUGCAGUUAAACGCUCUUGGACAUAAAUUCGAGAGUUUAUCACCUGCAUUGGCGCAAUCCCAUUGCGAUUUAUCGAAAGAGUCCAUUGCAAAUGAAUCAUUUGGCAGCAAAAGAUGUCCAAUAGCAAUUUUUCCUACCGAACCUAUUUUAAGACAACAUCUUUCAAGCGAUACUUCUAUUAGCGAAAACAUCAAAACGUUUUCAAGCUUAAUCACAAAGGAUCCUCAUCCUUCUGAUAUCGCUAAAAGUCUUAUUGAAAACCAACCACCAGAAGGUGCACAUAACUUAAAUAAAAAUAAAUGUAAUGAUGCGGAUAAAAAUGAACACGGAGGAAAAAACAAUUUUAAUGAAAAGGAAUUACUAUAACAAAAGAAAAAAUAAAAACGAUAACAUUACGUACAUACAGAUUUAUAACUAACACGUAAAAAAGUGCGUUAUAGCCUUAAAUAUGUAUAUGUUUAAAUUAAAUUCAGAUUUCAAUAUAUUCUUUCAUUAAGUUUAUAUUAUAUAAAAGUAUAUCUAUAUUUUGUUUAGCUACUUUUUAAUGUCAAACGUGACAAAUAAAUUAAGAGUGAAAUCGAAACCUUUACUUAUUAUUGUGUUAUUGCAUACAUUUUUCUUUAGAAAUUGAAGCCGUCAUGAGAGGACAGGAAAGAACAGUUUACUCCAUAACUCAUAGAGAGAUUUAACUCUCCAACCAAAAAGGCAACGAAACUACAAGUAUGUUUUUGUGACAAAGGAAAAAUAUAAAUUUAACUUUGAGCAGACUUUGUAAAUUAUUUUUUUUUAUAUAAAAAAAAUAUUUCAUUGAAACUGAUUUUUUUCGUAAACAAUUUCAAAACUCAGCCAUUGAGACGUAAUUUUCUCGACUGCUCGAAAAAAAGUUUCCCCGAGUUAAUUUUUACUUAUGUAAAAAUGAGAAUAUAAGCAAAUAAUUUUACUGCAUUCCUUAUUAAUAUUCUUAAGAUUGACAGAUUACACAUAUGUUAGUGCUAUUUAUAGUAAAAUGUGUGUACUUAUUACUAGUUGAUAGUUUAUUACUAGUUUUAUAGAUAUCAUAUUACAUAAAUGUGUGUGUUUGUGUACUUACUACUAGUUGAGUUUACUACAUCAUAUUCCACAAAUCAUAUUACAUAUGUAUUUAUGUAAGUUAACGCCACAUACGCUUAAAAUAACUUGCAAAGCUUUAUUGCCAAAAACCUCCUGUGUGAGACUUGCACAGCAAGCAGUACCCCACGGGUAACCGACAACGGGAUCAAAUGACACCCCACGUGCAUCCGCGCAAAUGUUGAAUCAACAACAUCUUUGAGUACAGCGGUAAUAUGACUUAGGUUUAAUUUAAAGUUUAAGGAACUUUUGUAAACAGUUCUAAUUUCUCAAUAAACUCGCGUCUCCGCGCUUGAAAUAAAAAAA